AAGAUGAACACAUUUUAAGUGAUGCCAUUUUGUGGCUGUAAAGCAGAGUAACGCUGGGGUUUGCAAAACGGUUGCAUUUUGUGAAAGGAGGAGGGAAGUGCCUCCAAAAUGAGUCUCAGUGAAGAGAGAGAAGAUAAAGACACUUCCUCUAAAAUGAGUUCUCAAUUUCCUGGAUCAAGCUGUAAUCAACCCAUGAAGAAUGUGCCUUCUGCUUUCAGUGAUGCAACAGUGGCCUCUGACUUCAGUAUCAGCAGGAGGAAGAUAUUGACAUCUCCAGAACCCAGUGGUGUGUCUCUGAAGAGUAACAAAUCCAUUAUACAACCGCCUGAAUUCUGUGAUGGACGCUUAACCUCUGGACCUCCCAAAAAGAAGAAAUGUGAGUUGAUCAGAUCUGAAUCGUUCUCUACAUCCCACUAUCAAACCCACAUCACGCGGGACAAAUCUGAAUCAAUCCUUCAGACACACACAUUAGAGACUGAAGACCUGCAGAGAGUCAAAGACCAGCACAAAACCAGCAUGAAGAACAAGUAUGAGAGAUUAUUUGAGGCAUCCAAACUCCAAGGGAAUGAAACCCUCCUGAACAGGAUCUACACACAGCUCUACAUCAUAGAGGGAGAGUGUGAAGGAGUGAAUGAAGAACAUGAGGUUUUACAGAUGGAGAAAUCAGCCCGAACACAACACCCACAAGACACUCCAAUCCACUGCAAUGAUAUCUUUAAAGCCUCACCCGAACGAGGACGUGAGGAAAAAGAGCAAAUCAAGACUGUUCUUACUAAAGGCAUCGCUGGAAUCGGGAAAACCGUCUCUGUGCAGAAGUUCAUUCUGGACUGGGCUGAGGGAAAAGCCAAUCAGGAUGUAGAUUUCAUGUUUGUGCUUCCAUUUCGAGAGCUGAACUUGAUUCGAGAUCAUCAGUACAGUCUUCACAAACUUCUGUGGGACUUUCAUCCUGAACUUCAAGAUCUGGACGCAAAGAUGUAUGAGGAGUGUAGAGUUGUGUUCAUCUUUGAUGGUCUGGAUGAAAGCAGAAUCACACUGAGGUUUUCAGAUACUCAGAAAGUUUCUAAUGUGACUGAGACUUCAUCAGUGGGUGUGUUGAUGUCAAACCUCAUGAAAGGAGAGAUGCUUUCCUCUGCUUUCAUCUGGAUCACCUCCAGACCAGCAGCAGCCAAUCAGAUCCCCUCCAAAUACAUCCAGCGUCUGACAGAGAUUCAGGGAUUCAAUGAGCCUCAGAAAGAGGAAUAUUUCAGGAAGAGAAUCAGUGAUGAGCAUCAAGCCAGCAGAAUCAUCUCACACAUCAGAAGAGCAAGAAGCCUCCACAUCAUGUGUCACAUACCCGUCUUCUGCUGGAUCUCCUCCACUGUGCUUCAGAAGCUCCUGGAAGAAGAUCUGAGUGCAGAAAUCCCUCAAACUCUGACUGAAAUGUACAUCCACUUCCUGCUGAUUCAGAUCCACAUGAGGAAUCAGAAGUAUAAAGAGAGAGAUUCAGAGAACCUCCUGCAGUCCAACAGAGAAGUGAUUGUGAAACUUGCUGAAGUGGCUUUCAAACAGCUGAUGAAGGGCAAUGUGAUGUUCUAUGAGGAGGACCUGAUUGAGAGCGGCAUAGACGUCACUGACGCCUCAGUGUAUUCUGGGAUUUGCACUGAGAUCUUUAAGGAGGAAUCUGUGAUUCAUCAGAGGAAAGUCUAUAGCUUCAUUCAUCUGAGCGUGCAGGAGUUUCUCGCUGCUUUCUAUGCAUUUUACUAUCAUGUAAACACAACUAUGGAGAGUCUGAAGAAUUUUGCUUCAGUACAAAAAUUGCUUAAAGGUGCAGUAGAUGAUGCCAUUGAGGGUGAGAAUGGACGGCUGGAUCUGUUCCUACGGUUCCUGCUGGGCGUCUCACUGGAGUCCAAUCAGAGACUCUUACUGGAUCUACUGACACACACAGAGAACAGCUCAGAGAGCAUCAGGAGAACCACACAGUACAUUAAAGAGAAGAUCAAAGAUGGACAUGGUCUCUCCGCUGAAAGAUCCAUCAAUCUGUUCCUCUGUCUGCUGGAAGUGAAAGAUCAGACUCUGUCCAGAGAGAUUCAGGACUUUGUGAAAUCAGACAAACACUCAGAGGAGAAACUUUCUCCUGCUCACUGCUCAACAAUCGCCUGCAUGCUUCAGAUGUCAGAGGAGGUGCUAGAUGAGCUGGACCUCAAGAAAUACAACACAUCAGAUGAGGGAAGAAGAAGACUGAUACCAGCUGUGAGGAACUGCAAAAUAGCUCUUCUUGCUGGCUGUAACCUCACUGCUCAGGAUUGUGAAAUUGUGUCAUCAGCUCUACAAUCCUCAAACUCUGUCCUGAGAGAACUGGAUCUGAGUAAUAAUGACCUGCAGGAUUCAGGAGUGAAGCUGCUAUCUGAUGGACUGAAGAGUUUUAACUGUCAGCUGCAGAUACUGAGGUUGUCAGGCUGUAUGGUGACAGAGGAAGGCUGUGGUUAUUUGUCUUCAGCUCUGAGUUCGAACCCCUCACACCUGAGAGAACUGGAUCUAAGCUACAAUCACCCAGGAGAGUCAGGAGUUCAGCUGCUCAAUGACAAACUGAAUCAUCCAAACUACUCACUGCAGCUACUCAAUUUUGACCAUGGAGAACAUAUUAGGAUCACACCAGGACUGCAAAAAUAUGCCUGUGAUCUCACACUGGAUCCAAACACAGCAAACAUUCGUCUCUUUCUAUCUGAGGACAACAAGAAGUUGACAUAUGUCAAAGAGCCACAGCCGUAUCCUGAUCAUCCAGAGAGAUUCAAACACUAUGAGCAGGUUCUUUCUAAAGAGAGUUUCUCUGGACGCUGUUACUGGGAGGCUGAGUGGACCGGCUGGAGUUAUAUAGGAAUGACAUAUAAAGGAAUCAGCAGGGGAGGAGAAAAUCAGUGUAGAUUUGGUUAUAAUGAAAUGUCCUGGUGUGUUUUCUGUAUUGCUGACAGAUACAGUGCUUGGCAUAAUAAUAAUAACAAAGACAUACCCGUCCCUUCAUGCCGCUCUAAAAGAGUGGGUGUCUAUCUGGACUGGUCAGCCGGCACUCUGUCCUUCUACAGCGUCUCUGACACACACACACUCAUACACUUACACACAUUCAACAGCACAUUCACUGAACCCCUCUAUGCUGGAUUCAGGGUUUAUGAUGCCUCAGUGUCUCUGUGUCAGAUUAAACAACCUGCUGUGGGAAACAACUGAGACGAAUACAAAUACAGCAGGGCUGCCCUUGACAUGAAGAUGUUUCUAGUCGAGUAGUGGUCGUUCAUUUAAGCUAUAGUCGACUAAUCGCGCAACAAACAGCCUUUAUGUACAGUGGAAAUAGUCUUCACGUCCCCUUUAAAACAGCUGUUUUUCUGAUGUAAAAAUUGAAACAAAAGAUAAAUCACAUCAGAAUUUGUGCAUGUUUAAUGCAAAAAUUACAACCUAUGCAAUGUCACUAAAAACCAGUGAGAUUUCAGUGGAACAAAUAAAGCUAAAUAAAGUUGGAUUAAAUAACUGUUCACACCCCUGACCUUAUACUUGGUUGAAGCAGCUUUUGGUUUUAUUACAGAUCUCAUUUGGAUGCGAGUGUCAAGUUUGGCACAUCUUGACAUGGCAAUAUUUUCCAACUCUAUUUUUCAUUUAGCAAAAACACUGAUUCUUGAUUCCAUCAACCUUUAAACAAUGAGAAACCGCUGAUGUUUUGUAUAAGUAUUGUCAUUUUUUACAUGAAAUGUGCAAAUGCUCUGAGUUUUCUUUGUUUCAAGUUUUACAUCACUGUUUUAACAGAAGUGUGUAGACUUGUAUAUCGCUCUCUCAUGUGUGGAGCCCUGAAAAGGAACGUGAAUUAAUAUAAAAGUGUGUAAUCAUUCUUGUGUAUUGUUUUUGUUACAUAUAGUUUGUUUAGUUUGGAUGCUUUAUGAUGUUUUAUUUAACUUUAAUCCUCAUUAUUUGCUUUCAACGCAGAAAAUAAAGAUCUGAUAUUUCAAGUGCGGUUUUCUGUCAUAGAACAGCAUAAAAAGCAAUGGCUACAUUUUUGAGGCAUUUACAUUACGCAUUUUCAACUAAAAACUGAAAACUUUUUAUCCCUUAUCACUGUUCAUAACAGUGUUUUGGGGACUGAAAACGCAAAACUUUUGAAUAUGGGUUUCAAACUGCACGUUAUCAUGAUGUGGUUUUGUGUGUUUUUGUUAUUAGUGAUUCCCCGUCGAUUAUUUGUCCCAGCUGUUUCUUAUUUCUCACGCCCCCUUGUUACCUUGUCUAGCUCGUUUGUCCUUGAUUAUUUAAGCCCUGUGUUUCUGCCCUGUCUUGGUUGGUUGUUGAAUUUAUGUAUGUGAACGUUGGUGUUUUUGAAUUCUCGAGUCCUGCUUCUUGUCUUGUAUCCUGUUCCAAGUUUGUUAUUAAAGCUACACUGCGUUUGGA